CGCGCGGCGUCUUAUGAAUGGAAGGGGCUGGGAGCGCAGCCGGGAGCGCAGAAAGCGGCGGGUGCUGAAGAGGACUGGGGUGCGCUCGACAGGCGGAUUGGGGAGACAGCUGGGCAGAUUGGAGAUGGCCGGACAUCGAUUUGUUGCCAACAGAACAUCACAGCAUGCUUUGUCCAAUUCUGAUUACACUUGGGAGUAUGAAUAUUAUGAAUAUGGGCCCGUUUCAUUUGAAGGACUCAAGGCUCAUAAGUAUUCCAUUGUGAUUGGGUUUUGGGUUGGCCUUGCUGUCUUUGUCAUUUUUAUGUUCUUUGUACUGACCUUGUUGACGAAGACAGGAGCACCACAUCAAGAGAAUGCAGAUCCCUCUGAGAAAAGACUCUGCAUGAACAGCUUUGUGGCUGACUUUGGACGGCCACUGGAUUCUGACAGGAUCUGUUCCCAACAAGCUGCUGAAGAAUCAAGGUUGCUCUUCCACUGCUACAUCAAUGAAGUUGAGAAUUUGGACAGGGCAAAACAAUGUCACAAAGCUCCUGUCUUGGACAGUAGUAUCCACUUCCAGGAAGUGUUCCGGAGCAGUGGGAAAGUCGAGGAGGAGCUGAGUUGUCACACAAAGUUCAACAUCCCAAACUUUGUGAACACUGACCAGAAUUCUUCCCUAGGUGAUGAUGACCUGCUGAUUUCAGAGCCUCCAAUCAUUUUAGAGAGCAAGUCAGUUAGUCAAGCUUUACACCAGAUUCUCAGCUGAAGACACUUGAGCAAAAUGAACCAAGUUGGAGUCCAGUACAUCUUUAAGACCAAGAAAGGAUCUACCUACUUGAGCAAGGUGUUUCUCUAGUGCAGCAGGGACUCCUGUUUUGUGGUAUCAUACUCUUUGGGUCUAUAGUAAACAGAUGUCUCUUCUUUGACUGCCAUCCUGUAUUUUAUUUGUUGGUCCAGGACUGAACUGAUAUGAAAUGAAUUAAGAUUGUCUUUUCAGUGUUUGCUAAGACAACUGCAUAAUUGUCAUGUGACUUUUAAUUUUUUCAGAACUGAAGGUCAGCAAUCAGAUGAAGAAAGAAUCCAAAACAUAGUGGAAUGAAGCCAAUGUGUGAUGUGAAAACCAUCACAAGCAAAAAUAUGCUUGAGUUUUACACCUCCCAUUAAGCAGGAAUCUCAACCCUAAACACAUUGGCUGUAAUCUAGAUAUGGACAGUUGUACCUGGAUGCUGCCAAAAGUAAUAAACAAACAGGACAGUUAGUUACAGCUAAUGUCUCAUUGAUCUCAGCAGGUAACGAACUCUUUGUCCAUUGGGGUCCAUAACUUCACAAUGAGACAUAAUUUUUUUUACACCAAAAGGUCAUGUGCUGGUCUUAAGGCCAUAAUAAAUGAAUGAAUGAAAAAAAAAGAAUGAAAAA